UUUACAUUUGUUGGGGACCAGCCGGUAGAUGUUCUAAGUUUUAACAUUGUCAAUUAUUACUAGCCACCUUAUGAAAGAUUCAAUGAUCUGAAAUGAAGCCGCCCAAAACAGAGAUCUGAGAUAGCAUUUUUGGAGAUUCCUCUUGUCCGCAUCCACCAUUCUCUCCUUCUGCAGAAAAAACCACCAAAUUGCUACAAUCACGACCAUUCAUCGCCAAUUCAUAUCUGCCGACAUCUUUCAAUCCAGAACCCCGUCGCCCUUACGACGCCUGUUGUGGAUCAAACCCAACAUCUAGUCACUGCCGGAAAACAAAUUCUCCUCCAAACGCAGCCGUGUCGGAGUAGGGUCCUCUUGUUCCACGUGCAGGAUUUCAGAAUCCCAUUUUCCUUGUCUGAAGAAGAGCACGUUAAUUUGGGGUUUGGAGAUUCUCUUAAAAGCUACUACGUAUUUGCUAGAAUGAGAGGUCGCGUCAGAUGGAAUGAAAGUAAUCUAGGGGAAAUUGAGGCAAACAAACCAGUGAGGCAGAAAAUAACUGAGCCAAAGACGCCUUAUCACCCAAUGAUUGAUGAUGAUGUGAUUGGCAUAGGAUCUUUGUCACCUGUGCGGAAUAGCUUUGAUGAUGGAAGUGAUAAUGGAGUCCGUGCUGAAGCGGUAGAGAAUGCAUUGAAUGAUGUUGCGUCUUGUGGCAAAGAUAAAUUACGCCCCACUGGUUGGCCACUAUCCGAGGAUGAGGCUGAUUACAUGGAUGAAGAAGAUGACGGUGAAGAAAGUAGCUUUAAGGCGCAUAGGCGGGCCCACUACGAUGAAUUUUUGCGGGUGAAAGAACUCAUUCGAGAAGGAUCUUUUACCAUUGAAGAGGAAUCCGAUGAAGAGAGCAGUGCUGAGAAGAAGAGAGAUGGAGGUUGUGAGUCUUCAUCGUCAUCUUUAAUUGUGACAGCUAAUAAUAAGGAUGUGGACGUUGGGGAAGGCCAUGAGUCUAAACAGUCUUCUUCACCAACUGAUGGAGCUUAGAAGCUGAUUCCAAAAUAAUCCUCUGCUUUUACAGAGCUAUUUUCAUCAUCAUUUAGUGCCAUGACAAUGGUUUGGACACUUUGCCUUUGUGUGUUUCUCCAGGCGCAGUUGUGAACUUGUGAAAGUGUAAAUAGACUUCUGAAAUGUUUUUUAGGUUAUAAUCUGAUUGUAUUUCUACAAUGCGGUCAUGCGGAUCAUUUUUAAAUUUUAAUAAGGCUUUUUGUUUUGAUGGCUACUUAUUGUCUGAUUUGUCUCAUAUAUUGCCAUGUAGUGUUAGUGUGUUACACAUUUCCAGUAGACAUCAUUGUGCCCAUUUGAUCAGAUGGUUAAUACUUAAUAGUAUCAUUUUUGCGCAUUUA